AUGAGCAGUGGCCAAGCAGCCAAGCGUGUUGUUGGUGCGCUUCCAGUACUUCAAUGUGUGCGUUCUCAUGCCAAAUCACGCUCCAGCUCGCUCCAUUCCUUCAAUUUAGCCACUCGCUCUCAUCCGACAACAACUCGCUCAUGUCCAUUACAAGGUCGACUUUAUUAUGACUAUGCAAUUCAUCGUCAGCAAACGCCUCCUCCACCACUUGCUUAUCGCAAGACACUUCCUCUUUUCGACUUUUUCGCUGAGACCAAUGUGAAGCCUGCUCCAUCUUAUCAAUUCUCUUACGGCGCAACUGGAUUUGCUAAACGUGGACGACCUUUGAUUGAAAGCACCGAUGAAUAUCGCAGCGUCCAAGUGGGAGAAGAUGCCUACUUUUGUCGUGCAGAUGCGCUUGGUGUGGCCGAUGGCGUUGGUGGCUGGCUUGGUACGCAUGGUGCCAAUCCUGCCCUGUACUCACGCAAACUUAUGCACCACGCCUAUCUUGAACUUGAACGUUUCGAUAACGUCGAGGACGAUCUCUUUUCUCUUUACGAUGACGCCAACCCUCUCGAUGUAUUGCAACGAAGCUACGAUAUGGCCAUGAGUGAAGCUCGCCAUGAAAACAUCAUUGGAUCUUCCACUGCUUGUGUGGCAUUAUUACGCAACGAUGAAUUACGUGUCGCCAACCUUGGUGAUUGUGGCAUUUCAGUCAUUCGUCAGAACAGCUAUGUCUUUCGUAAUGAGGAGCAACAACAUGCAUUCAAUUUCCCCUAUCAAUUGGGCACCAAUUCCCCUGAUAAACCAAAGGAUGCUCAGGAGUUUGAUAUCAAGGUGGAAAAGAAUGACAUUGUGAUCCUUGCAACCGAUGGCCUCUUUGAUAAUCUAUACGACAGGGAGAUCCUUGCUAUUGUGCGUGCCCAUGUCAAUGCUUAUACACUUCCAGGCGAUGGUCAGCGACCUUCUAGACUACUCAACUUCAAUCCUCAAAAACUUUCGGAUGCGCUGGCAGCACGAGCCCGAGCUGUGAGUGAAGACCGCCGUAAUUUGGAUAGCCCUUUCCAAAGCCGAGCUAUCAAUGAAGGGCUUUUAUACCAGGGUGGCAAGUCAGAUGAUAUCAGCGUGGUCGUGGCUCUUGUUAGAGAUAGCGAAGACUCGCCUGAUCGUCGAUUGUAA